AUGAGCCCCAAACUAUGGCAGAUGCAAGACUUCUGGGAAGAUGCAGCAACAGUGGAUAGCACAGAAACAGACUCUGAGAUCUGGUGUUCAGAUGCUGCAAUAUUACAAUGUGAGGAAGAGAAGAAGGAGGGAAAAAAUAAAAAACUGCCACGACAAAAGCAUCUGAAGAAAUUCAUGAACAUCAACCUAGCACUCCAGAAUGUUCUGAAGGACAUUGUGGAAAGAGAUAACAAGGAUUGCAGCUACAUAAACCCCAACAAAAUGCAUCCCCCAAGUCUUGGGCAGACUGGAGAAGAAAAGGCUGCAUUUGCUUGGAGAACGCUCCAUGAAGUGCUAGAGAAGCUGACUCAGGAUGAGAAAGAGUUUAAGAAGUUGGAAGCUCACAAUGAAGAAGAAAGAACUCCCUGGAAGAAACAAAUACAGGAGGAGAUACAAAAUGUCCAGGAUGAAUUUACAAAAAUGAGAAACAUCCUGGACUCUGAGGAGAAAGAGCACUUGCAAAAACUGAAUCAAGAGGAAGAGGAUAUUCUGAGGGUCCCGGCCGAGUCUGAAAAGCAGCUGGCCCAGAAUGCCCAGUCCAUGAGGGAGCUCAUCUCAGAUGUGCAGCAUCAGCUGCAGGGGUCAGCGAUGGCCAUGUUGCAGGGUGUGAAGGAAACCAUAGAAUGGAGUAAGUUAUUGACCAUGCAGAAACCAAGAACUUGCCCCAACAGACAAGAUGGUGUUCCAAGCUCCUGA